UUCCACGAUACUCAGUUAGUCACGAUCCUUGCAUCGUGGUGUGAUUCACCCUUCGGUCUGGGUACUACCUGUCGACGAAAAUCAUGCAAGUGUGUCACUAGGCCGAGAGAAACUGACACGUGAUCUUUAUACUUUGUGCGCCGGGUUCAUCCGGCACCUAUCAUUCUAUCGUAUCUUAUGUCCUUUAUAUCGUAUCUUUCUUCCUUAUUUGUGCGAAUCAUUUUUAAUUAGUUUUAAUGGAAACAUUUUGCGACUAAACGAGCACGGAUUUUCGCGCGAGAAGAUUAUUUAUGAUUAUUUAAUCGUCAACAUGUUCAUCUUAUAUUUUUCAUAUUAAUUUAGGUUUACAUUAUAAUCAAAAUAUGGAGAGACGCCGAUCCGUCAAUGGCAUACUCAACGAACACACUUUACCCAUUCCCGUUCAGAUUUUCCUCUGGCGACAGCUGAGGCCUUUCAUACGAAUGAAACUUGGGAAAGUACAUGAAGCAUCUUGCACGCAUUGCCAACACGUGCCAGGUCAUCACGAGAUGAAAGAAGCAUGCACGUCUUUAGAGAAAGUGUUGGUCCAAAAUCUUCACAAUGAUCUGCCGCCAUCGUUGAGCACGAUAUUGGGCGCGGUGCCACGUUGGCGUUUGAUUCAAGCCGCUUUACCUUACGUUCUUCACGCGACAGCCAACCUUUUGCACAAUAGGAAGGAUCUUCAAAGUCUUGGCGCAAUGGAAACAACCCUUCUUUAUAUCCUUCAUUGGAUUCUUCUUGAUUCGGCUGAGGAGUGUAUCGAAACUGAAUCAGAUUCCGCAAAUCCUUUUCAAUAUUUAUUCUCGAUACCAACUAUGACGCUGUUCGUAUAUCUUUUUGCUCCUCUCUGUAAUUAUUUAAAAGACAUUGAUUUCAAGACAAAUCUGAGAUUGGAAAAUGGAUCGAAGAUAUGGACUGCCUUGUACGAAUGUCGGCAUCCCGAUACGGCUUGCUUCACCACUCAUUGUCGUAUCAAACCUCCUGUAUUGUGGAAUCGAUCGUUCAAGUUUGUGCAACAUCAUCAAUUGCCAGACGACGUUUUUGUCGGUGGAAACAACGAAAGUCCACCUAGUCAAUCAGUGGGUCCUACGGUGACCGAUCAAAAUAUUCCUCAGAAUGUUUCUCAGACUGUAACAAAACAAGACGAGGAAAGCACUUGGGUAUCAUCGCCAAAAGAUACUGCGUUUCCAGAAACGAUACCCGAAGAAAGUUCAGGUGGCGAAGAUGAACACGUGGUUAUAUUCAGAUUAUCAUCAUUAGGUGAAUCCGAUAGAGGUAUCGAUGGAGUAAAAGAAGUGUCAACCAUAUUCGCAGAUGAAACCAGCAUAUUUCACGUUGCCAUGGGUAGAAGUACCGGUUCUUCUAAGUCAACGCUUACGAUAGAGAAAGUAACAGCAAUUUCCGGACUGGACACUUGUAAACAAUAUUUCAGGAAACCUUCUCAAAGAGCAAGUGGUGAAAAAGAGAAGGAGAAAGAGAAAGAGGAAAAGCCAGCUAAGACGGAUAAGGAGGUAGAAAAGGAAAAGGAAAAGGAAAAGGAAAAGGAAAAGGAAAAGGAGAAGGAGAAAAGUACUUCGAAAUCCUCAACUCAACAACAAAAUUCGCCAACCGAUACUUCGGGACAAACUGCUGAACAUAUUCUCGAAGUUGAUAUUCGGGCAGCAACGUUUCUCGACGUGGCCGUUCUCAGAUGUCUUUUUGUUUCUCAAUGGCAAGAGGAGGGUGUAUUUUGGGCGUUACAAUUUUUAUACCAUCGAUUACGCAGAAUAAACGAGGACAGUUCGGUGCAACAGAUGCCUCGUCGUCGUAGCAAUUCCUUACCGAUACCCAAAAUCGAGGUCUCUAUUUAUCAGAGUCCUGAGAGUAAGAAAAAAGACGUUUCGAAAGAUUUCAUUGAGAUACCAGAAGUACGAGAUGUCUCUUUGCUGGCGGAAUUACCAUGCCUGACCUGCAAAGGUCACGAGGGAGAGUCCAGUCAUACGAGACGUGCCAGCGAAAAGACGAAAAAACGUAUGAAGAUGGCUGACCUAAAAGCUUUCGUCGAGACUAAGAUUUUAUCCAAAUCGGAGAAAGCUCUUGAAAAGAUUGGUCAGGAAGACGCUAAAAUGUUAUUCGAACAGGAUAGUCAUAGGAGUCUCGAUACAGGUGAUGACCAAUUGACAAGACCAACGUCAACUAGCUCAAAAAUCUUUGAGGCUAAGGAUGUAGAUCGUAUGAAACAUCCGACUAAUUUAGUUAAAGGAAAAAGCAUGCCAAGUUUAAGCUGCUUGAUUAACGAGCUGACCGCGGGAGGGUACAUUGGUGACACUCGUAUCGAGAGGAAACAAAGUCGGUUUUAUAGCCAAUCUUACACCGCACCAAAUCCUAUUAUUACCGUCACGGAACACACGCCUACUCCAUCGCCAGAAUACAUGAAACGAAUGCAGGGAUCGAUCGAUAGUCAAUUAGAUGCUAUCAGCAUACUCGGUGGAAGAUUGGAUUUCGAAAGGAAACCGAGCCUUACCAGAUCUCAAACAGAUUCUAAUAUUACUUACAUGAGUGACGAAGUGCCAGAAGCACCUGGUUCAGGUAGUUAUAUCACUAAAGAGGGUGAUAUCGAUUACCAAGUAGUUCUCAAGGCUGUUAAUUCAGUUGCAUUACGUGACAAUACUUGUUGCACGGCUCGCGUUUGCGAAAGUAUUCUGAACCUCGUUGAACUUUUAAUGGACAUGGGUGUGAUGAAGCAAUGUCUUCGCGAUGAGACCACGGGCAGUAAUCUAGGGUCCGGCACGGGAAUGGACAAAUCGGAAACCUUACGAAAACACGAUUCUCCAGUGAACGAUCAAGAAAUUAGACACGAUUCAAAUGGAAAGAAUAAAUCAACAGCUCAUAAUCUUCUAAUGAAUUGCGCUAUCAGAGUACUAAGGCAUUUGGGUUGUCCGCACGGAUGUUCCGACGGAAUUCGUGGACCCCACGCAGAUUUCUGUCGUUCCCAAGGACAAACGAUUUUAGGAAAAUUACAUCGAGCAAGUUUCAAACAAUUUUCGAAAUUUCUGAGGACGAUGAUACGCGAACAACCAAUCUCGGAAAUUUUAGACUUUUUUCACGCGUACGUUGGCUUCUGCGUAGAUCCAACUUCGUUGCUAUCUCCGCUGAUUUUUCAAUUUGCAACAGAUCAAAAACGGGGUUCGAACAAGUCACCGGAUGUUGCGUCCCAAGGUGGCUACGCCACGAAUUUCGGUGCUGGUAUGAUAGGCAGUGUUAGUGGCAACGUUGGUACUGCGAAUACUACGUCUCAUACAGGGGCAACAAGUACAGGAACAACUAAUAUCGUACCAGUGACCGCAUCCUAUGGUACUGGUAAUUAUGGUGCUCGUGGCAUCGAGGGUCAAAUAAUGAAUUGUGUUUUCAAGACUCUUGUGACUCGAUUUAUUCAAACUGCUAAAGAGUGGAGAUCCCACGAGAAUAUUGCCAUUUAUUGCGAUCUGAGGCAAUUCAUGACUUACGUUAAAGAAGCUCACGGUGGCAUAUUUCGGCGUGUUGCUUUAAGCGGCAUUUUAGAUUCAACCGAUCGUCCCAACAAACGUUGCAACAGCAAAGUUCGAACAACUCGCGUGAUCAGACACAUACACCAAUCUGAUUUGGAAGAGCACGCGGAUAUUGGCGGUGAUACCUGUUUCACGGUCGAUGACAGAGGUACUAGAAAAUUUUUAUUUAAGAAGAGAAGUACUUCUUCGACAUGUGCAAGCCUACUUGAAACUGAAUUGAACGAAGAGAAUUCGAAAAUAAGUCAGAGUCCAUUAGGUAAUUUGCGAAAGAAACAUCACGUAUUAACGCCUAGACAAAGCGAACGCAACUUAGGAAUUGGAGAUUCUUGUUUCAUGGCAGGAAAAAUACGAAAAUCAACUCGUUUUCAAAUUGGGGGUAUUGUCAAUUGGUUUCGAAAGGAGUACGGAAGAACUGAUUCCACAGAUAGUCAUGAAAGUAGCGAGUCACCAACGGAUGGUAGUUUUGUAAGACAACCGAGUUUGCAUUAUGGUCAUCACCGAAGUACUUCUCGAACGAGUCGUGGAGUUGGACAAACCUUACAAAAGGCGCGGCGUCGUAUGGAAGAUCAAUUGAACAAAAUUGGUUUUGGUAAAAGCAAAAAGAAGGAAAGUUUGGAAGAGCCACCAGGUAGCUAUUUUAGUAGAAGAAAUUCCAUGGAACUGGGUGAAGCUUCAAGGGAAUCCGAAUUUGUAGUUUUUAAAGAAAGAAGAUUGGUACCUCUAUCGUCUAUCUACGAUGGAAUGUUGAGAUUUUCUUUCCUUUUGGAAACAUGUCAACCUGGCACUUUCCCCGACCAUCAUUUGAUGGCUGCUAUAUUAGAUCUCCCUUACGCACCUGUGGUUUCUCGUGCCUGUUUGAUAUUGGAAUGUGCCCAUUUUGUGCAUCAAUGCAACAAAGGGCAUUGGCCGACGUGGAUGAAAGUUAACUUUCCUAUUUUUCGACCAUCCGUUCCGAUGAAUAAUCGUAAUGCAUCGGCUGCUAUGAGACGAAUCCAUAUGUUGCAGAGAACUGCGGGAAAAUUAUUUUAUCAGUGGGCAGAGGCAAUAGGCGCGAGAUUGGAGGAAUUAUUGAUCGAGGAUAAACAAAAUAUCGACCAGGUCAUUUCUAUGGUUUCUGAUGAAAGUAAGCAACGUGAUUUGAUCAUCGAAGACGAAGAAGAGGAUUUCCUUGACGAAGCUAGUAUUAAUUGUUACGGAUCGCAGUGUCCAAUAGCAUUGCGUUUGGUUGCGUGUAUUCUUCUUUUGGAAGUAACAGCUUUUCUAAGAGAAACUUAUCAGACGUUACCAAAAUCCAGUAAACUUUUAACCAAGGAACGUCCACCUCCUUGGGACAGAAUGUACAGCAGAGAAGCAAAUCGAAGAUGGAGCGUAGCUCUUUCAUCGAUGGGCCAUUCUCAAACUUCGGCCCAGAGUCUUCAAUCGAUUGCUGGAGAUCGUGAAAUGGCCACCGAACGUAAGAUCAGUUUCGUUCUCUACGAACCUGACAACGAAUCAGAAGGAAGCAGUAAAUCAACAGUUACGAUUCAAGGAGAAGAACAGAAUAUUGAUAAAGAUAAAGGUAAACGGGCACAGGCACAUCAAAGUAGGCCAAUUUUAUUGCGCCGUGGUACUGGCGGUACCACCACUGGUUCAUUCAAAAAGAGAAGCUUAAAACUUCGACGUGGAACCAAAGAGGGCAAGGAUACAGAAUGCGAAGCAUAUACAGUUAAACGAGCAGAUUCUAUACAAUCGAAAAGAAAAGUAAGUUCAUUGUCCGACAGAAGUGACACUUCUGAACCCGGUUGUUUAGGUGGCGAGGCCAGUGGUGAAGAAUCUCCUGGGAUUCUCAGCGAUGAUCAGCCUCCUGAAAGCCCAAGCGACAGCAAUGAAACUGAUGAGACCAAUAAAAAUUUUCCUUGGAUGAAGGUGCUAGUACAAGUAUCGAAUUCCUUUAACUUUUAUUGCUCCCAUCAAAAUUUCUGCCAUCCGUUUUGUCAUCGUCGUCAAAUGCGUGCUAGCAGUAGACUAAUCAAAUCCGUUAAGAAGAUUUACGGCGAGAAAUUUGGAAUAUUGAACGGCACAGGUAUGUUCGAUGUUGAUACCGAUAAAAAAGAGGAUGGCAAGAAAGAUAAACGAAGCCGUAAGGUUUCCGAACAAACUAGCACCCAAGUAUCACCCGUUCGAAGAAAAGAUAGCGUAGGACGAAAGUACAAAAUUGACAAGAACAUGGACGGAUCCCAAUCAGGUCGAUUAUAUCAAAGAGAUUCCUCCAAGGAUUUGGCGGAACAAGAUUCAUCCGACAAAGGAAAGGAGUCGUCGAAAAUCUUAAAAGUAAAAGCCGAUUCCGAAGCAGAAACCCCAGCGAUUCUAAAAUACAUAAAAACACAAGUAAAGGAUGCUUUCCACGCUCCUAUAGCGACUCUGGUAAAAGGUGCAGUUGUGAUGACCGAGGAUUUGUUCGUGGACGUUCUACCCAUUGCUUGGGAACUUUUGUUAGAGUCCAAUCAAGAAGUAGCUGCUUCGGCAGCAUCUCUGUUCAUAGUGGCAGCUGUGCGAGCUCCGAAUCAAGCCAGCGAAAUAAUGAACAACGGUCUUCAACAUAGUAAUUCCUCGGUGCGAAUAAAUGCCAUCUUGAGAUUUCAAGUUUUGUGGAAAUUACGUUAUCAGGUGUGGCCAAGAAUGGAAGAAGCAGCUCACGUUACUUUUAAAGUUCCACCACCUGGAAUUGAAUUUACUUUGCCAUCUCCGAAAAUUGGGAUCGAAUCUUUACCAGUGGUUGACCCACCUUGGAUGCCUCAAGUUAAAACUAAAGUUGAAGAAGUUACCAUUAAUCAGGAGCGUCAUAGAUCAUUGGUGACGGCAACAAAAACUCGAAAGAAACAACAGACUGAGUUAAUUAAAAGGGCUUUACAAGCUCAAGACGAUAAAAAGAGAGAGGAAAGAGAAAAUUUUUUAAUAACAACGAUCCCAAUUACUGUUCAAGCCGCAUACGAACCUAGCCCAGUAGGAGAUGAUCAUGAUGAAGAUUUAGGUAAUGUUGGAGAUGAGGAUGGGGCUGAGGCGAUACCUAGGAAUACUCAACAUCAUGGUCAAUCAGCCCUGUCGUUAUUUCCAUCCUCAUUGUGUUCUGCUAUUGUUCAGAUCAUAAACUUACUUGAUAACGCCGCGGUAUCUGAUGAUGGAAACGCGGUUUAUGAAGUUGCAUAUCAGGUGAUUUGGGGAUGUCUUGUAGAAGACAGUGCACUCUUCCUUCGUUACGUUUUGGAACGUCUUACAAGGGAUAAACAAGAAUUAAUGUUUAAGAUUUUACGACACCUAAUUAGAUUUGUCCCAAAACUACCACAGCAAGCAGCCUUUGCUUUAUACAAUUACAUUAUAGGAUAUGUGAUGUUUUACGUUCGUUCUCCUCACGAAGAAGGCCAGAAAUUAAUUGGUACUGCUCUAUCUAUUUUAUGGAUGGUCGUUCAUAGUGUACAUGGCAUAAUGUUCAAGGAUUUAAAACAAAUUCUUCGUAAGGAACAAUGCGAUGCAUCAAUUUUGUUAACAGCAAACGUUCCUUCAGCAAAAAAGAUUAUUGUUCAUGGCCCUCAGGAUCCUGACGCUGCUGGAAUUCCAUCUCAAUUUCCGGUACAGGAAGAUACACAGUUUUGUCAAAUAUUAAGGGAAUCGUUGGACUUUUUUGGAAUCAAGGAACCUAAGCACAAAGAAUACUUUCUUGUUGACUAUAAAACACAUCAAAUACACAAUCCAUCAUCUUACGUCCGAGAUUAUUACUUUUUUAAAAGAUCUCAGUAUCCGCAGAUCCAAUUGGUUUACAUGAAACCGGAAGAUGCAUUUAAUGCGCUACAACGACGAGAGCUUGUUCACAAGUUCGUUGAAAUUGGAAAAGUUUUGCUGACGUGGGCAAUCCUGAAGAACGUUGACAUGGUCGUACAGAGAGUCGUAUUUCUACACGAAGAACUCAUGAAGUUACCAUCCUUUCCUAGAAAAGCCUUGGAAGCGGACUUGGAUCUUUACAAGGGCGGUGAAAUAGGAAGAGAACUUCUCGGAUUAGACGUGAUGCACAAAUUCAUGUGGGUUAGACUGAUAGCCAGGAUGUUCGAAGCAAUGGCUGGAAAUUUUGCUUACUCGGGAGACAUUCAUUUAUUUUUAAACGUGUUGAAUGGUGCCGUUAUACUUCACAGCGAGGACUCCUGCAUUUUACGAUACGUUAUUGCCACUUAUAUAAAUGCCGCGCAUAAUUUUAAAAAUAUCUUUUCAACCAAUGGUUAUCUCUUGAUAAUGCCAACGUUGUUACAAUUGUACGCGACUCAUCAAGCUAACAAAUUGGUUACCACAACGGUGGAGUAUGCGGUUAAACAAUUUUACUUGAUGAAUAGGAAACCAUUUAUUCUUCAAAUGUUUGGAAGCGUGUCAACGAUAUUGGAUACCGACGAGACAAGUAUUCAUGGGGAAGCUCACAAAGUACCUUCGACUUGUUUAUUCAACCUGUUACUGAGUUUGGAAACACCAUCACCCGAUCCUUUAAAUAUUGGAGAACUGGUGAAGGAAGAAAAGCCUUUGAAAGCUAUUGACUUUUGUUACCAUGAUGAGAAUGAAAUGGUUACUGUUCUGGAUUGCAUAUCGCUCUGUGUUAUGGUCAUUGCUUACUCUGCUGACUCCAUUCGAGGACAACAAAUGCUGAUAAUACUAGAAGCAAUAUUGCCAUGUUACGUCCAACAAAUUCAAUCUCCUACUUACAACAAGGAAGGAAAAACAGAAAAAGAAAUAAUCAAUCAAUUGGCUAUAGCAGUUAAAACAUUGGUUAAUAAUUCAGAGGCUCUAACGAAGUACUAUAAUGGACCACAAAAGUCAAGUCCCGAACACAAGGGAUCCAGUCAAAGGAAUUACGGUAAAGGUCCUUACUCUCCAGGUGUUGAUUUUGAGGAUGAUCCACAUCCCACCAAAUACAUCGAACAUUCCAAAGUGAGAAAUUUUUACGAUCGCGAUGACGACGCUGAGAGUUCUCAUAAAAAUGAAUUCAGGAGACCGCGCGAUACUUUGCUCAAUAUGGUGGGCGAAUUCGUUGCACGUUGCACCAUACGUUUGACGGAAUUGAACAAGAAAUCUCAGGAUGGUAAAACGAUUGAGUUACUUGAUUCCAAAUGUCACGUGCGAUUAGCCGACAUUGCUCAUAGUCUUUUAAAAAUUGCCCCUUACGAUGCUGGAACAAUGGGUUGCCGUGGUUUAAGAAGAUACAUGAACGACAUAUUACCUUCCACCGAAUGGUCCAACGAUGAUAUGAGACCAGCUUUGACCAUUAUUUUACGACGACUUGAUAAAACCUUUAGCAAGAUCCAUAAAAAAGCAUCGAUCAGACGAAAUAUUAAUUGGACUGCAGCCAGUGAUCUUUUGAAAGGCGUUUAUGAAACCCUGGCAAGGUGUCCCUAUAUAGCACACUUUCAAUAUUUGAAAACUUUAUUAAGUACAUGCCAGUCUCUAAUUAUUGGCGAUACACCACCUGAAGAUGUCACAUCUGCCUCGUCGGCUGCGCUAAUGAGUAAAAUACCGCCACAAUACUUUUGUUCAACCGUUUUACGUCUAAUAGCGUUACACGUGAUUUCUCUCGGUGAGGGCUACUCUUUGGAAAAUGUUUGCAACGGUCAAGCCAUGUUUUCUAAUCAGACGAAAACAGAAAAUAUGCUUCUCAAUUUAUUAAUACCAUUAUUUUUACGCGUUGGAACCGGGAGGAAAGAUGUUCCAAAGCUGAGACAAUCGGAUAUAAGUUUUGCAUUAACGGCGGUUCUGAACACCCUCUGGCCCCCAACGAAGGCGACACCAGUAACUGUUCAGACUUUAAAAACCACUGCGGAUGCCAGACCUGGUAGUCUAACUUUCGCAGCUAGAGAUUCGAAAACGUUAACUAAAACAUCGUUAACUUUGUAUCAAGUUGCCUUUUUAGCUCUUAAGAUUAUGACGAUAUGCUUUGAAACUGAAUUAAAAAUCGAAUGGCCAAAGAUCUUGCGUACCAUGCGUUUGUUGAACAAACGAAAUGAGGCGUCCAUAUAUUUGUGGAACUUCAUUGAAUUCGUUGUUACUCAUCGGACAGCUUUGUAUAUUCAAAUGUUGCCAUUCAUUGUUCACAAGGUUGGUCAAACGCCUAUUUCCGAUCACGAGAGAACUAUGCAUAGUAUAAUACGUGAGAAAAUCAACGGUAAUUCUACGACUGUCCCUAAAUCUCGGGGAACUCUUCUGACAGACCUCAUUCACGAACUGAAGGAUCUCAAAGAGGAAAUAGAAAAUCGACGAUUUGAUGAAUUACAACCUGAACCGAAACGAAGUGUCGCUGAUAUGCAUGCCAGUGAAGGUCAACCUCGUACUCAAAGACCAUCCCUAUUGAUUGAAUUGUUAACAGGAGCAGGAGAUUUGGGCUCGCGAACUCACAUGAAUCGGACUCCGACUGAAACUCCAGUAUCUCAUUCAGCUACUGUAUCACAAUCGAUACCACAUUCAACUCUACAAACAGGUCAUUCGAGUAGUACUAUCAAGACAUCGGCACCUAGUCAUGUUCCGUCAAAUGGUACACAUAUUGCUCGUGGAUCUAUUUCGAGCACAAGCGUAGGAUCGUCAACUUUACGCGAGACAAGUGAUAUGACCGGUAUCGGAGAAUUUAGCAGCGAAAGACAAGCACCAACAGAUAGAUCCCAACCAUCUUCUGCUAACGAUGAACGUAACCAUGUUAAGCCUCAUCCUAUAUUACUUCAUCAAAAGGCGCCAAAACUGCGCUUUGUAUCUUCUGUAGAGUAUAGAAACUCAUCAGGGGAGACUAUUAUGAGCCAACUGAGCCCGAACAGUCCGAACGAAGACAGUUCAGGAGAAUCCCGUCCAGACAGGCCUCGAUUGCAACGAUCCAUGGGCCAAAGCAAGAAGACCUUCCGAUUGAGAAAGAGUCGAAGAUCUCACGUUGAGUCUCAGAUGAAACAAGAACAACAGGAUAUGCCAAUAAAUCAAGGUACAGUCCAGACACCACCGCCAGUACCAGCAAUGGAACCUUCAGUCUUCAGCAUUCCUUCUGACUCUUCCUCGAUUCGCUCAAGACGCAGCUUGUCUACUCGGCAAUCGGAUGGUGAUAGAGGAAACAAUUUAGAUCAACAACAAUUUCAUGCCUUACAACUUCAGCAUCAUCACUAUCAUCACCAUCAUCAUCUUCAUCCCCAAGUGUCGGACGUUUCUUGGGAUGAGGAUACUUCGAGCACAUCCGGUUAUCGCGAAUCCUAUAGUAUGCAUCUAGAAAGCGUUAACAAUGCUCAUUCUCAACCACCUCUGGCAUCACCAGAUUUAAACGACAUGCCUUCGACCAGUAGCACUACUACCAAUUACAUGGCUUUUGAUGGUAGUUCUCCUGAUAGUUUAAUGAACGGCAGUGGUGGGGAGAAAACUAUGUCUCAACAUUCUCUUCUUAUGGUUUUCCCUAAUCAAGAUGAAGAUACGUUAAUAUAAAUAAUGAAUGUUGUUUUCUUUAGCCGUGGUAAUCUUACAAAUUAUUUCUCGUUCCCGUUGAUAGUAUUCAUUACAAUAAUGAGAUUACGACGAACGAGACUGACGACGUACACGAUACGAUUAAACAUACACACACACACACACACACACACACAAUAUUUGGUUACUCGAGUUUAUUAGAAAUGAAAAUAUUUCGAGUGGAUGAUGUGCUUUAAGUGCUAAUAUAAAAUAAAUGAAUAUAUGUCAAUUAUUAACUCGGUAUGGAAUAACGUUAAUACCCGAGUUGAUAACGCAUUAUAUAUUUCUUCAUUACAAUAUAAAGAUUAGAAAGAUUACAAAAGGGAUCGUACGUAUUAUUUAUUGUCCGUUGACCGGAAAGACCAAUUUAAGAAACGAGCGAUAUUAUAGCCUAACCGAAAGUCGUCUUGUCCAAGCAUUUGUUAUAUUCGUCUACAUCUAGAAAUAAAGUUAAAUUUAUAAUCGUUAGGCUGGAUGGCCUAAACAAAUUAUAUUUGUACGCAUGGCGCGGAUCCAUGCAAAUGAACAAGUAAAUAUGAGAAAUGUUACAAGUUGGGAAUAAAGAUACGUUGUAUGUACCUGGUAUCAAUA